GUGUUAUAAAAAGGCGAGUAUCUGAGACAGAAGAGCGAGAGACCAGACGGUUCUUCUACAGAUAAAGAUCUCUGUACAAAGAUCUCCUCCUGUGAUCAUCUCACAUCUUCUACUGAACUCCAACAUCAAGUUCCAGCAGCUUGUGAUUUCUGCUCUCUUGAGAUCACCUCCUCACACACAUUCAUCACGCUCUUCCUCAUCACACACUCCUCCACCGUGUGUCAGGAUGAAGCUCCUCGCUCUGGUGCUCCUGCUCUCCUCUUUCUCCUCACUGACCCUGAUGGAGGUUGUUAAAUCUUUUAAGGAUGUAUGUAGUGACUUCUUCAUCAAGAAAGAAAAUGACAUCAUCAUCCCCACUAUCUUCGCUGGAGAUCGGUAUAAGAUGAUUUGCCAGCGCUGGAAAAAUAACUACAGGUUUGCCACCGUGUACGACACUGUGAGGAGGAUCCCUGUUUACUCGGCCUACACAUUCUCAGGGAUAGAACAGAAGACCCGCAGCAAUGAGUGGAAAAUUGAACCACAGCUGGAAGAUAUUACAGAGAUGAUUGUAUUCCCGAGUGAAGCAGGAAAAAUAUUUAACCAGGCUGUGAACUCUGAUUAUUCAGGUACAGGGUUUACUAGAGGUCACGUGUUUCCAUAUCAGUUUGCUGCUGAUCAGGAUCAAGCAGAUUCCACCUUCACUUUAACUAACGUAGCUCCACAAACAAAGGACAGCAACCAAAAAUGGGCUAAACAGGUGGAGGCCCCGAUACGUAAAGCGAUAAAACAGGGCUGCACACUUGACCAAAAUCACCGGGUGUACUUUGUGACCGGAGUCGUCCCAGGGAAUAACUGGAUACCCAUAAAAAGAGACGGAAAAGAAUAUCAAAAAGGAAUUAACAUUCCCAGUCAUUUUUGGAGCGCUUACUGUUGCACCAAUAACAAAGGACAACUCGUAGCGAGGGCCAACAUCGCUGAGCUGGAGAACUUUAAAGUCAAAUACUCCAAAAUUCAGCACCUGAAUACUGAGCUCACUAAUCUGUAUAAUUCACCUUUCAGUGUGUUUCCAGGAUUAGACUUAAAGUAACAUGCAUACAGUGUGUGUGCGUGUGUGUGUGCGUGUGUGUGUGCGUGUGCUUGCGCGUGCGCGUGUGCGUGCGCGCGUGCGUGCGUGUGUGUUCAAAUCAGCAACUUUCCUGUUAGAAACGUGUCAAAGCAUCAUAAAAAUAUAUCACUUUGUUGAGCUUCUUUUUCUUUUUCUCUUUUGUGCAAAAAAAUCUUAAAAAUAAUAAAACUCUGGUUAGUUUGA